ACGCACUUAGUCAAGAGUCUUCCCUCAACCUUAAGGCGAGUAAUAGCGACCAAUCAUCAAGCCAUUACAGGCUUCAGAGGAAGCUGUUUAUGUGAUUCCAGCACUAAUUAGGCUCAUGAACUAACAAAUCGUUUGCACAACUGGAGAAGAACUGAUCACAUCCAUGGAUUGUCUGUGGACUAGUCGACCACCUUUCUGAAGACUUUUACCCUUCUACCUGCUUUCUGUUGCUUUCCUUACUUAAUCACAGCAGAAACUUUCAUCUUGCGUGGAGUAUUUUUAACGAGAUUGCCUGUUUUUGAGACUUGCGCUGGGGGAUCUUUAGACUGGUAAACCAUGUUUCAACCAACACCGAAGAGGUGUUUUACGAUAGAAUCGUUGGUAGCGAAGGAUAAUCCACUGCCGGCUUCGAGAUCCGAGGAGCCCAUCAGACCAGCAGCCCUCAGCUAUGCAAAUUCAACCCAGAUGAACCCGUUUUUGAACGGCUUCCAUUCCAGCGGCAGGGGCGUCUACUCUAAUCCGGACUUGGUGUUCGCUGAGGCGGUUUCACAUCCUCCAAACUCCGCAGUCCCGGUUCAUCCCGUGCCCCCUCCGCACGCUCUGGCUGCUCACCCCCUUUCUUCCUCUCACAGCCCUCACCCACUUUUUGCCAGUCAGCAAAGGGACCCCUCAACUUUCUAUCCGUGGCUAAUACAUAGAUAUAGAUAUCUGGGGCAUAGAUUUCAAGGGAACGAAACAAGCCCGGAAAGCUUCCUUUUACAUAAUGCACUGGCCAGAAAACCCAAACGGAUUCGGACAGCGUUCUCUCCUUCUCAGCUACUGCGGCUGGAGCACGCUUUUGAAAAAAAUCACUAUGUUGUCGGUGCAGAAAGAAAACAACUUGCACACAGCCUUAGUCUCACAGAAACUCAGGUAAAAGUGUGGUUUCAGAACAGAAGAACGAAAUUUAAACGACAGAAAUUGGAAGAGGAAGGCUCAGAUUCCCAACAGAAAAAGAAGGGGACCCAUCACAUCAAUCGGUGGAGGCUUGCGACCAAGCAGUCGAGCCCCGAGGAAAUUGACGUCACUUCGGACGAUUAAAGACUGGUUAUCAGAACCUGGGGACAGCGGCGUGAAGGAUAACACGAGCAAGAGUGCUGUGUUGCAGAAUUAAAGGGUAAAGACUACCAUCAAAAAUACUAUUCUUUGGGAAACGGCAGCUGAGGGUGAGAGAGGUCCAAACUGUGGCACUGCUGGCAGAACCCUGGCAUGGAACUGUCAAUCAAAUUCAAAGCACCAAGGCGAGAUGAUUGACAGGUAUUACAUUUUACGCAGUCCACUUAAACACCAAGCCCCCCAUACCACCACCAAACACCAGCUACAAAACUCCAGUUCACAUCGGACAUUUGCACUUCUGAGAUUUUUUUUAUUCUAAACUAAAGAUGAACGCUUCACACAGAAACCAAAACUCACACCUGUUUUUGUAAACUAAACUUGAAUUGCAUGGUAGCCGAAAGAUUUUUUUUUUAAUUUCUUUUUUAAAGGAGGUUGUUUUAAAAUUUAAUUUUAUGUUCAAAAGAGACGUUAUGUGUGCUUCUUCCUUUUUUUACAACAGUGUGCAGUCUAUGAAUUACUUCUCGUGUCAAAGUGAUUGUGAAAGCAAUAUGAAGUAGCAGUGCUGCGUUAUAGUGUUUUUUAAAAUAAAACUUUUUGAAAGUUUACUAUAAUACACCAGAAAUCGAGUCCUAUAAAUUAAAGUAUUCAGGACAUUCCCCUUUAACCUAAAGCUUUACCAUGUCUCCGUAACCUUGGUGCGACAUUGUUCUUGGCAGGAUUUGCCCCUCUAUAAGUUGCCACGAAGGACUAAAUGUAAUUUUUGACGGCCAUACGGGCAGCAAGAUCUCAAGCACUGAGCGUAUUCCAUGUAUAGAGGUACUAAAAGUUAACGAUGUUUCUGUUAAGUCCUCUUUUACCAGAAUGUAAAUAUUUUUGUGUUUUGUGUUAAGUUUGCUACAAUUUUAACACAAAGUAUACUUCCAAGAAGUAUGUCAUUGUCAAUAUUUUGUCAAUAAAGUUUUAUCAAUAUGCUGCUCAGA